AUGACUUUUACGGGAGGCCAGAUAGUGCUAAUUAUUCAAGAAUUAUUACGACAUCUAUUUAUUUUAUCCCCACGUAUUUUAGUUCUUAGAGUAAAUGUUGAUAAAAUAGGUGCCAUUAUUGUAGAUAUCCUCCAAAAUGUCCCUGAAGCAAGAAAAUGUUUAACAAGCUUAAAAGAAUUUACGUAUUUUGCGGAACAUCCGACCAUGGAAAUCCUUUUUUCUCAAAUUGCCCAGCUUACUGGCAACAUCGAACGUUUUGACCUUUCAAUUUAUGGUCAUACUGAACAACUGAUAAAUAUGAUAAAAGUUCAGAGACUUUUUAAAGAACUCAUCAUUAACAAUAGAACAAAUUCACCGUUAGGUUCUAUAAUCUCUAAGAAAGCAUCAACUGUUACUUACUUGGAAAUUGAGAAUAUAUCUUUCCCAUUUCAAGCACUUUCGCACUUUACUAAUUUAGUGGAAUUAAAUAUGUUUUAUUGUGGAUCUUAUAGCUUGCAUGAUUGGACACCUUUAUAUGAUGUACAUUUGAAAAAACUCGAGAAGAUUUCAUACAAGAAUCGACAUUCUCUUUAUCUGGAAUCCUUCGGCAAGUUUUUGGGUAAUGCUGGCAUAAACCUAAGUUCUAUUACAAUUCGUUGUUGUACAAUUUGUGAUCCAGAACAAUCACAUUUACUCUUUACGUCAAUUGCGGCUAAUUGUCCAAAUCUUAUACAUUAUGAUGGACCAAUUGGAUCUGAUAAUGCUUCUGAAUUUGGGCAAAUGCUUUAUGCGUGUUCCCAUAUUGAAACAUUAUUUGCGGAAAAUCGAACAGAUUUUAAUCCACUUCUUAGAAAGAUUACGAUUAAACAACCGUGGAAUAUAAGAAAAUUAACCAUCAUUCACGGAUGGAAAUUUACAACUGAUGUGUUUGAAAACUUUUUACAAAGCAGACAAAGAAUUUCAAAAAAGAUUGCAUUUUAUUGGAACGAAUGUGAU